GCUUUAUGUUAGGGUUUAGGUUUGAGAUAUGACUCAUGCUCGAGAAUGGAGAAGCUCCUCACUUUUAAUGGUUAUCUUCCUUUCUUCUCUACUCUAUCUCCUUUCUGUAAAUUCCCGGAUAGGGGCAAUUCGGGUAUUUCCAGAAACGUCGGUGACAGCUACCUCUCUUGCUCCUGCUAAUAACCAAGAGGAUCCGAUGAAGACGUACUUCGGCGCCGGAAAAGGGUUCGGUGACGGUAAAAGAACGGUACCAAGUGGUCCAGAUCCUCUCCAUAACUAGUCAAAGCAGUUUCUUGAUGUUUUUCAUUCACGUUAUAUUUUAUUUUCUUGUUCUUCUUAUGUAAUCAAUCAAUCAACAUGUGUAUUUUACCCAAAAUACUCACGUUUUUCUCUUUAAUGUAAGGAAAAACGAAGGUAUUUUGGGGGUUUAAAUCGCUGAU